GGUUAUAUUAGUGUUCUAUGUUGGUCACUUCUGUGCUUAAAAAGAGUAAUCAUGAAAAUAAAUGUUGAAAAUUGAAAAAAUGUUGAACUGAAAUUAAUUUUAUGAAAAUGUCUAUUAUUCUGUACCAAAAUUUUAUUAGAGUCACUCAAUAUUUCAAACGCACACUUCAGUUUUCCAACUACACUGUAAUAAAUUUAGGAAAACAAGUGUCGCCAAUAAGUAACAGUCUCAUCUCCAAAAAAUUCCAACAAAUUAGAAGCACAUCAUCUUUAACUGAUAGUUCAUAUGAAAAAAUUUGUGGGGAAACUCUUGAAUCACUGUCUGAUGUUUUUGAAGAACUUCAAGAACUCAUAGAGCUACCAAAUGCAGAUAUUUCUUACAAUGACGGAGUAUUAACAAUUAACUUGGGAAAAGAAUAUGGCACUUAUGUGAUAAAUAGACAACUUCCAAAUAAACAAAUAUGGUUGAGCUCACCAAUUUCUGGUCCAAAGAGAUACGAUUAUAUGAAUAACAGUUGGAUUUAUAAGCAUAACAAUCAAACUCUUCAUUCUCUUCUACAAGAAGAAUUAUCAAAACUUCUGAAUAAACCAAUUGAUUUAUCUAAUUGCUUACAUUAUAAAAGUUAAUAUUAUUAGGCUUAGAAUAAUUAAUUGGGGAUAUAAUAAAAAGAAUCCAAUCUAGAAAA